GCUGACACGAUGAGCGAGAGAGCCGAAUGGACACAUUGGGAUGAAAAAAGUCAAGGAAGGCCGUUGAACUUCCUCAGGACAGGAUUUCGAGAAUCCUAUGGAAGGCCAGAAGAAAAAGUGCUCAUCAACCGUCAUGAGGUCACGAUUACCAAGAGAUGCCUGGGACAUGCAGGAGUUCUUCACUUACGUGUACAUCAGGCAGCUCCUUCGACAUCCGGCCUUCCAGCUGCUACUGGCUUUGCUUCUGGCAGCUAACGCUAUUACCAUCGCUGUGCGCACGAACGCUUACUUUGGCCAGAAACACUAUGAGUUAUUCUCUGCCAUAGAUGACAUCGUGCUUACAAUUCUCAUGUGUGAGGUUCUGCUUGGCUGGUUUAACGGCUUCUGGAUUUUCUGGAAGGAUGGAUGGAACAUACUCAACUUUGUGAUCGUCUUUAUGCUGGUACUGAGCCUCUUUUUUGAAACGUUCCAAACCAUUUCCAUUGUUUACACCUUGAGAGUAUUGAGACUGGUGCAAGUAUGCAUGGCAGUGGAGCCCUUGGCCCGGAUUCUGCGUGUCAUUAUGCAGUCUGUGCCCGACAUGGCCAACAUCAUGGCACUGAUCCUCUUCUUCAUGCUGGUUUUCUCUGUUUUUGGAGUCACCCUCUUUGGCUCCAUGGUCCCUCAACAUUUCCAGAACAUGAAAGUGGCCCUUUAUACUCUCUUUAUCUGUAUUACCCAGGAUGGGUGGGUGGACAUCUACAAGGACUUUCAGAAGGAAAAAAGGGAAAUCGGGAUAGAGAUCGGGGGUGCUGUUUACUUUGCCAUCUUCAUCACCAUUGGUGCCUUCAUUGGCAUUAACCUGUUGGUGGUUGUCGUGACCACGAACCUGGAAGAGAUGAUGAAGGAGAGGGAGCGGGAGCAGCAGCAGGAGGUGACUACUUUCACCAACCUGGAGAUGAGCCAAGAUGACUACACAAGCGACGAGAAACCAGAGCUUCAGCUAGUGCAUUGCAGGGAAUGCAUCGCGGACUGGGGUGGGACGUCCAAGCAGGAGCCACUGUCUGGCGGGCCGAUGCAGAACCUGUCUGAGAACACCUGCGACGACUUCUGCCUGGUGCUCAUAGGCAUCCAGGAGAACCUGCAGGCCUACAAGAAGAUCCGGGAGGAGAUCAACAAGAUCGUGGAACAGGUUCGCUCCAUCCGCUUCAACCAGGAGCAAGAAGAAGAGAUGUUACAACGGAAGUGGCAUCGGAACCUUUCUGAAGCGAGCGAAACCACGAUGCACAGCCAAGACAUCCUCUCCAGGCUCUUGAGCAAGGAAAGGUCUCUGGAUACCAGAAGAUGAAUCGAUGAUCGGGCAGGACGCAGGACAAGAGCAGCUAUACCCACCCAGCCUCCUGGAUCUGCCUGAAGCUCGGGCAUGACCACGGAAAUCCCCUCCUGCUCUUGCUGCUCCCCAGCUACCCCAACCCUGAGACUGCAGUCACCGCUCAAACAGUCAAAUUCUCUCUCAAGAGCUCCCGAUGGGCACAGGGACCUGGAACUGGGGAGGGCAGGAUACCUGGGUCCCACACCCACUCCCCCACUCCACCAGCUGCCAAGGAGAAGGGUCAAUGAAGGAGCCUGGACCCUGGGUGAGGCCUUGGAUCUGGCCUGUGGGGCUGGAGAGAAUGACUGUCUUAGGAUGGGGAUGGGGAGACAGGCACUAUGGGACAGACCUGGCUCCAGGAAGUGUGAAUAUUCACUGCUAAAUGGGGCACCUCAGAGCUUGGCUCUGAACAUUACCAGGGUGCACAGGAUUAAGAAUAAAGUAGAGGGU